ACUUUCAGUUUCUUUCGGGCGUCCGCGAGAACAACAUCGCGAAUGUAACGGUCGCGCUUGUGCGCGCGUGAAAGUUUUCGUCGCGUCGUCGUCGUCGUCGUCGUCGUCGUCGUCGUUGUCGUCGUCUCACUAACGCUCUAACGCUCACCACCUCGUCACCUUCGUUCAUGCUGUCAAUUCGCAACAAGGAAAGAACGAAAGAGACCAUAGAAUUAAAGGACAAAGCUGAAAGCGCGUUACAGAUCGAAUCGAAAUUCUGAUCGGCGAUAAAAUCUUUAGACGUAGUCGACGUGUGAAAAAGUGGAAGGAGGACGACGAGAAAGAGGGAAGAAGGUCUGGCCGACCAAAAAUUCUUCAUGGCACUUCCGACGCCGUGAAAGUGAUCUCGAGGAUCCUUUUUCGACAAUCUUAUUAGACAUCCGUGGCCGUGGCGACAACUUUGGUUGAUCGGCAUCCGGUAUCCGGCACUUAUUUUCAAACGACGGGCGACUCGUUUUCAUGGAACGGCCCUGAAUGAGCGCGAGUGAAAGUUCUCGAGCCAAAUAUUUUUCGCGACUUCGUUUCGUGGACUGGUGUACCGUGUAAUACGCGAACAUUGAGGAGUGGGCUGUAGCGACGUGAAAGUGGCCGUCUGGAAGUGGCGGAAUGCGGAGUGUUGAGCGCUACGCUGAGCCGCGGCGUGUACGCUGAUCCAUGAUACUAGUUAAUUGGAGUACCACAUUUACUUGUAACUCGCCAAGUAAACAGACUACUUUGGCAGAUCCUAUCGUGCCCGAUCACCUCUUGUCUUGGAUGUUCAUCAAUUUUGAUCCGAUUAUCUUAGCGCCGUUGUAUCGAGAAGGCAAAGAGGGAUGGCGAGAUGUCGGCGGGAAUCGAGGAAUUCGAGAAUGAAAGCGUGCGGCAUUUAGUCUGCGGCUGACCACUUUAAAAGAGUAUGCAGCGUUGGUUACUAGCUCUGGACGAACCUGCAUCUAACCCAUGCGGUAACACCGCCAUCAAUCACCAAUCGUCAAGUGGCACGAUCUCAACAACGGCCUUGACAGUUUCAGCUGGGAACCAGAACAGCUCCGACAACGAUGGUGUAAAGUUUGCUUUGCGUCUACCGAACGAGCGAUACAUUUGCAAUCCCGAUAGUCUCUAUGCCGUACCGAGAACAGACUUGCACGAGGUAGAAUGGAUAGAGCCUGACUCGAUAGACGCCGAGGUCUCGAGGUUCGUAGCCGGCUCUUCGACGACAACGACAACGACCACGACGACGCGAAAUAAUCCGAGAAGAUGCUACCGAACCUCGACCAGUUCUGGCUAUUCCAGCCAUUCUCCACCAUUGUCCGCUGGUUCUUACUCUUGCUAUGCGUCGGCGGUCCCUCGCCAAGGUCAAGGCAUUUUUCGAGCUCUGCCUAUAACAAUGAAAGACCAGUUCGGUGGUGGACUUGCCGUAAUUCACGAGAGCGAGUCGAUUCCACGUCCUAUAUGGCCAUCUGCGUUUCCUAGCCCUCGCGAGCUUUAUCAGAGCGACGAGAAUCCCGAAUACGAUGCUGUGUACGCGUGCUGCGGACGCGGUUGCGCGUACGCCUACUCGUACUGCGAUUGGGAUUAUGAAAACUCUACAGGCAUAUCAGCGUCAGCGCGCGACGUCCUCCUUGAAUUAUCCCGAACACUGAACUCUGUGAUAGAAGGCGAAACCGUUAUGACGCCGGAGGAAAUCCUGCAUAACAUCUCGCACAAAGUUGCUCAAGGGAUCGGCUUGAAAGGAGGGAUUUACGAGUACGUUUAUCGUAAUUCGUCUCUCUUAUCCGCCAAGACAUCAUUUGCAGGCGACAAAACCUCAUCCUUGUUGAGCUGUAACAAUAGAACCUUAUCGACGAAGAUCAACCCGGUAAACUCGAAGCUUUACAGUAACAUGAGGCAAUUUUACGUCCACAACCCGGCGUGGUACACUUGCCUGAGCUCCUGCGAGCAUACUCACGGAUUUCUGUCGUCGUCGUCGUCGUCGUCGAAGGCUGGCGAACCAAUCGGAACGAACAACGAGCCAGGAAAAAAAUCAAGUCCUCCCGCGGUGUUCCUGGUGGACGAUCACUGUCGAGAAACUACGCGGACGCUCCUAUCGGAGUCGCAGAUUCAUCGAAACCUUUCCGGUUCUCGUGUUUGCAAAUGCUCGAAUCGUUCGAGUCAUAGCAUCGAACAACCACGAAACGCAUAUACAACCCAUCGCGCUGCCCUCGAUCCGAAAGAGACAAUCGUAAUUAACGACGAAACCAUGCAGAAUCGAAACAGACUCGUUCACAACGAAUCGGAAUACGCAACGCAGCUGGAAUGCAGUGACGGUGGUUCAUCCAGUGAAGGUAUAAUCGUUUCGUCCGGCAAAACUAACUGGGACCAUCGCAUACGAGGAUUCGCCGGAGACUUAGACUUCACAUUGGACGUUUCUCGUGCCGAACGGUUAGGCCGAACGAUCGCAAAAGCGAAACGGAAGCGACAAUGGUGCAGAGCUCUAACCGCAUUUUUCGGACUAGUCUUCUUUGUUUUAAGUGUCGUCAUUGUCUCGUUGUCCGUAACGAGAGGUCGUAAAGUAUUUGGAAGCAUGUGAGAUCAUUGAUCCACGAGUUACAUUGGAAUUGGAACGAUGCAACAACUGUUCGAACGCAUGGCUUGGCUGUAUAGUAUACACGUCUGAGGCCACCGAAGCAACAAUCAUACUCGGAGCGAAAACUAUCGCUUGUUUUAAAGUAACUUCCCUGACUGUAAAUUUCAGAGAAGGCUCUACGAAUUUCUAUAUUUAUCUUGUAUAUUUACCUUUCGAAUACUAUAGAUUAAAUAGCGGGCUAGUGGUAUAAUAUAACCAACUGAUAGUCACCUAGCGGCUAGCGACGAUGACUAAUCAGUUUUUCUUUUUGCUCAGAGUAUGAUAUAAUCGUUCGAUUAGAACGCUCUCGUAACGUUUAUUACUGUAAAAUUACUGACUGACACGCUCUCGCUUUAUGUAUUUCUCAGUACCUUAUACCGUUAAGUGAAAUUGGCAGGAUUCAAAUCCUGUUAGCAAUAUGUGGCUGUGACCAUGUUCUUAUGUAUAAAUAUUAAUAUACAAAAUAUACGCUGAUAAAAUCA